UUUAACUACUGUUCUGCCUGUUAAAGUUGGAGAUCGAUCCAAUUUUUAGCAAGAAAAUUUGAAGGAUUUGACUGUUCUAUAAAAAGAUGUCAAAUGUUCCAUCGAAUUAGGAGGAUUUCUUCCAAUCAUAACAUUGAAAUCUCCGUAACAGCCUCGUAUCUUACAUUUACCUCAUCCGAUUUUCACUUAUAAAAAAUCUUGGAAGAGGAAAACAAGAAAGAGUACCCAGAUCGAGUUAGUCUAUUCUGUUGUUCUGUUUGACUUUUAGAUUGAUUUGGAAGUGACACUUUUAUGUCCAUCUUGAGGAUUUUCCUUCUCUUGCUGGAUUGGGAUGGAGAAAUUAGUGUUAAUUGAAAGAUUUUCGCUUCUCUAAAUUUGUUUCUGUUUUCUUUAUACUGAUAUAUAGUUUCCUCCUUGUGUAACAUGAUUCCAGAUUGAAUUAGCUUUGAAUCUAUAUAUUCAAGAAUUUUGUGAAUGGAUUCUUGAUUUUGCAUAAAAGAUUACUCUAUUGGAGAUUGUGGAAGAGCCAAGUGAGGAUCUUGGGGAGGGUUUUGUAAUUUUAAUUUUAAUUUUGUAAUAAUCUGAAGAUGUCUGGAGCACAAGAUCAGCUUGAGAUCAAGUUUAGGUUGACUGAUGGAUCCGAUAUUGGCCCAAAGAACUUCCCAGUGGCUAUGAGUGUUGCAACUUUGAAGGAGAACAUUAUAGCUCAAUGGCCUAAAGAGAAAGAAAAUGGUCCACAGACAGUAAAAGACGUCAAGUUAAUUAGCGCAGGAAGAAUAUUGGAGAAUAAUAGAACUGUGGCGGAUUGUAGGAGUCCAUUAUGUGAUAUUCCUGGAGGAGUCAUGAUCAUGCAUGUUGUCAUCCAACAACCAUUGAUGGAGAAAGAGAAGAAAUUGCCAAGUGACCUGAAGCAGAAUAAAUGUGUUUGCGCUAUAUUAUGAGAUGCCAUUCAGGAAGGCACAACCAUUUCUCGUGGUUAGUCGUUGAAGAUCUCUCAAGAUGGUGUACUCACUGGGAUCGAUUUAUGCGAAGAAAGUCGUGAAAUUUUUAGUCAUAAGUGGUUGUUUCUUGGUCGAGGUCCACGUGUGGAUUUCAAAUCCAUAUAGCAUACUUCCUUUUUCUUGUUCAGUUGAAUUAUAUUGUUCCAAUCUUAGCCUUCUUUUUUAUUGAAGAAUUCUGUACUUGGAACCAAUCAUUUAAUAGUUGCAGAAUCAAAGUUAAUUUCAUA